AUGCCCAAUUUAAACGGAGAUAUACUUUAUUUGAUUUUCAAAGAACUUGAAUUGAAUGAAGUAUUUCAUUCAUGUUCUUUAGUUAACAAAACAUGGUGUCGAAUAAUCAUUCCAACUUUAUGGAAAGAACCUUGGAAAUAUAUAAAGAGAAGAAAAGAGAAAUCAUUCUUGAGCGUAAUUAUUUCACAUUUAUCAGAUAAAACGAGAAAUGAUUUAAUCCAAAAAAUUGAUUCCGAUAUUUUGAAAAAAUCAUAUAAAAAACCCAGUUUUAAUUAUAUUAUUUAUUGUAGAAAUUUAAAUUUAAUUGAAAUUGAAAGGAUAAUUAAUGUUUUAUUUGAAAAACAACCAGAUAAUUCAAUUAUUAAGAAUACAAUAGUUGAACUUUUUAUUAAUGGAAAUACAAAAUUUACACGCCUUAAUAUACCUCAUAAAUUUGAUAUUAAAUUACAUCUUAUUUCUGGAGCGGAACGUUGUUUUUCAGACCUUCAAUUUCUCAAGUGUAACACCAGCGUAGAUGAUAAAAUUUUAACUGGAUUAAUGAGAAUAUGUAAAUCUAUUAAAGAAAUACAACUUUCUAUUGAAGCGGAUAAUAACAAAUAUGGAAUCAUUAAAUUAAUUGAAAAUUCUGAAAAAUUAUGUAAUAUUGAUUUGACUAAUAAUUGUAAUAAUCAUUCAAAAUUUGAUAAACCAUUUUGUGAAGCUCUUGAAAAUUCGUUAACUAAACAUGUAAAUUCUUUACAAUGUUUCACGAUACAUAAAUAUCCUAUCACAAAUAUUUCAUCUUUUGUAAAUUUAAAAAGGUUAGAAUUAAAUAAUAGAUUUCAUUAUAUGUCAUGGGAUUGUAUGAAGAAUUUAUCUUUACCUUUAUUACAAAUUUUAAAAGCUGAAUAUGUUCCAACCAAUGUUUUAGAAAAUUUAAUUAAAAAUACAAAUCGAUCACUUAUUGAAAUAAAUAUUAAUGGUGGAUUUACUAAUGUUAAUGAUAAUAAGAUAAUUAUUCAAGUUAUUUAUCAAAAUUGUCCAAAACUUAAAUAUCUUAAAUUAUUAUUUAGAAAUGAUAAUAUUCCAGAAUUAGAAAAAUUAUUAAUCAAAUGUAAAGAUUUAAAUGGUUUAUAUAUUAAUUUUGAUAUUGAUGAUGAACGUAUUAGUUGGAUUUAUUUAUUUAAUAUUUUGACUAUAUCUUCACCAAAUAAUUUAUUUAAAUUUAAAUUUUUUCGCUUUAAUGAGAAACCUAGUUCAGCAUUUUUAGAAUUAUUCUUCGAGAAUUGGAAGGGUAGACAUCCUAUAUUAUUACAUCUUCCUAAAAUAAAUAUUAUAGGUUAUACUAAUUCAUUGAAAAAAUACCAAUCAGAGGGAAUAAUUAAAAAAUAUGAUAUCGUUUCAGAUGAAACCACUUUUGAGGAUUUCGAAUGGACUCGAAAAUGUUUUUGUUAG